CCCGGGCGGGGCGGAUCUAACACGCGCUGGCGUCGGGCCCCAGGCAACCUGCAGGUGUGCGCGCAAAGCUAGCACGUGGCGACAAACUCUAUUUAAGGGCCCCCGUGCCCUAGCUUUCAGCUGUCUCCUGCUUCAGCCCUCCGCUCCCGGAGCUGUCGGAGGCUCGAGUGUCUCGCAACGCAUCCUGCCGCUGGGGCUCCCGCCGGGGCAUGGGCGCUGCGGGCCUGCUCUGCGUUUUCCUGGCUGUCAUCGCACCAGGGGUUCUCGGUCAGUGUAAGCCCCUGCCAAGGUAUCAUUUUGCUAAGCCUAAAGUUAAGAGUGAUCAGUCUGAGUUUGCUGUUGGGACGUCUUGGGAAUAUGAAUGUCUUCCUGGGUAUAUCAAGAGGUCAUUCUUUAUCACCUGCCUAAAGACCUCCAAGUGGUCAGAUGCUCAGGAUUUCUGUAAACGUAAAUCAUGUACAAGUCCUGGAGAACUCCCCCAUGGCUCUGUCCUCAUACCCACGGGUGUCAUGCUUGGGUCAACAAUUACAUUUUCUUGUGAUCAAGGAUAUCGACUUUUUGGUGUUUCAUCUGCUACAUGUAUUAUCUCAGACAAUACUGUAACCUGGGAUAACGACAUGCCUUUUUGUGAAUCUAUUCCUUUUGGGCCACCCCCAGCCCUCUCCAAUGGGGACUUUUACAGCAGCAGUAGAGAGGACUUUUUCUAUGGAAUGGUGGUGACUUAUAAGUGCCACACUGGACCAAAUGGAAAAAAGCUGUUUGACCUUGUGGGUCAGAAGUCAAUAUAUUGUACCCGCAAAGACAAUCGAGUUGGCAUCUGGAGUGGCCCUGCCCCUCAGUGUAUUCUUCCAGUCAAAUGCCCAAUUCCAGAAGUUGAAAAUGGAAUUAUGGAAUCUGGAUUUGGACGUUCAUUUUCUUUAAAUGAUGCUGUGAUGUUUAGGUGUAAGCCUGGCUUUACCAUGAAAGGCAGCCACAUAGUAUGGUGCCAAUCAAACAGCAAAUGGAAUCCUCCACUGCCAAAGUGCUUUAAGGGGUGUCUACCACCUCCACAUAUCAACCAUGGUAGUUAUAACAUCUUGGAUAAGGAAUUCUUUCCAAUUGGACAGGAAGUAUCCUACAGCUGUGACCCUGGCUAUACCCUCAUUGGAACUAACCCUAUCCAGUGUACAUCCUUGGGAGCCUGGAGCUAUGCAGCCCCUGAAUGUGAAGCAAAAUCAUGCGAUGCCAUUCCAAACCAACUUCUCAAUGGCCAUGUGGUGACUCCUCCUAAUCUCCAGCUUGGGGCAGUGGUUUCAUUUGUUUGUGAUAAGGGGUACCGAUUAAGUGGCCAAUCUUCUAGUCAGUGUGUCUCAGAAGGAAUGAGAGUAUUCUGGAAUAAUACAUUUCCUGUCUGUGAACGGAUUUCUUGUGGCCCUCCUCCUCCUAUCAAAAAUGGUCGGAAUAGUUAUUCUUCUGGUCCCAUAUAUCUUAACACUGUGGUAAGGUACUCUUGGGUAGGUGCCUUCUGCCUCAUUGGAGAAAGAAGCCUUUUUUGUAUAAGUAAAGACCAAGUGAAAGGAAUCUGGGAUAAAGCUGCUCCUGUAUGUGAAUUGUAUAAUAGAAAUUCUUUCUGCUCUGAGCCCAUAGUACCAGGAGGAUACAGAGAUAAAAAAUCUAGACCACCAUACAGACAUGGUGAUUCUGUGACAUUUACCUGUAAUACCAACUUCACCAUGAAAGGAAACAAAUCUGUUUGGUGCCAAGCAAAUAAAACCUGGGGGCCAACACCACUACCCACCUGUGAGAGUGAUUUCCCCCAGGAGUGCCCACCACUUCCUGCCAUCUCCAAUGGAUCUCACACAGGGGAGGGGUUUGGCCUCUUUGCCCCAGGAUUAUCUGUGACUUAUAGUUGUGAACCUGGUUACUUGCUUGUUGGAGAAAAGACCAUUAGAUGUUUGUCUUCAGGAAAGUGGAAUGCUGUUAUUCCCACAUGUAAAGAGGCAGAGUGUGAACCCCCAGGACCAUUUCUCAAUGGACGGAUAAAGAGCCCUCCAAGUCUUCGGGUUGGUGCAACUGUGAACUUUGACUGUAAUGAAGGGUAUCGGUUACAAGGCCAACCUUCCAGUCAAUGUGUAAUUGUUGGACAGCAGGCUUCUUGGACCAGGAUGCCAGAAUGCAAAUAAAUUCUGUGCCCGCCACCUCCUUCUAUUCUCAAUGGAAGACCUACAGGAAGCUCUUCAGGGAAUAUUCCAUAUGGAAGCACAGUCACUUAUACCUGUGACCCAGACCCAGAGAAAGGAGUGAGCUACAACCUUAUUGGGAAGAAGACUAUCCAUUGUAUCACCAACAGUCAGAAGACUGGGAUCUGGAGUGACCCUGCCCCAAGCUGUGAACUUUCUAGUUCUGCUGUUCGGUGUCCACCUCCCCAGAUCCUAAGAGGCCAAAUAUCAUCUGGGCAGAAAGAACAAUAUUCCUAUAAUAACACUGUGGUAUUUUCUUGCUCAUAUGGCUUCACCCUGAAAGGCAGCAAGGCAAUCCGAUGUACUGCCCGAGGCACAUGGGAGCCAUUGGCACCAGUCUGUGAAAAGGAGUGCCAAGCCCCUCCUAAAAUCCUCAAUGGGCAGAAGGAAGAUGGACACAUGGUCCGCUUUGACCCAGGAACAUCUAUAAAGUACAGCUGUGAUCCUGGCUAUGUGCUCGUGGGGAAAGAAUCCAUCCACUGCACCCCUGAGGGGGUGUGGACACCCACUGCCCCCCAAUGCAAAGUGGCAGAGUGUGAACCUGUAGAAGAGCCAGUCUUUAACAAACCGCAGGAUCAAUUUAUUAGACCAGAUGUUAACCCUUCUUGCGAUGAAGGGUACCGGUUAGGUGGGAGUGUUUAUCAGAAGUGCCAAGAUGCGAUUCCUUGGUUUAUGGAGAAUCGUCUAUGUGAAGAAAUCACCUGCCCACCGCCUCCUGCCAUCUCUGAUGGGACACACACAGGGAGUUCCUCAGAAUAUGUUCCAUACGGAACCACGGUCACCUACACAUGCAACCCUGGGCCAGAGAGCGGAGUGGAAUUCAACCUAAUUGGGGAGAGUACCGUCCAUUGUACAAGCAAUGACCAAGAGAGGGGUAUCUGGAGUGGCUCUGCUCCUGUCUGCAAACUUCCCCUCCCUGUUGUUCAGUGUGUACCUGCCCAGGUGGAAAAUGGAUACAACACAUCUGGGAAGGAAGCCCCAUACUUCUCUAAUGACAGUGUGACAUUCAAGUGUCAUCAUGGAUUUACUCUGAAGGGCAGCAGUCAGAUUCGUUGCAAAGCUGAUGGCACCUGGGAUCCUAAAAUACCAGUUUGUGAAAAAGGCUGCCAGCCACCUCUUGGGCUCCAUCAUGGUCGGCAUACAGGUGGAAAUAGGGUCCCCUUUGUCUCUGGGAUGGCUGUAGACUACACCUGUGACCCUGGCUACUUGCUUGUGGGAAACAAAUCCAUUCACUGUAUGCCUUCAGGAAAUUGGAGUCUUUCUCCCCCUCAGUGUGAAGAAGCACCAUGUCAACCUGUGAGAGAAGAUUUUCAAGAGCCUCCCAUUCAUUCACAUGUGAUACCAGUUAAUACAUCCUGUCAAGAUGGGUACCAGUUGACUGGACAUACUUAUCAGAAGUGUCAAGAUGCUGAGAAUAGGGUUUGGUUCCAAAAGAUUCCACUUUGUAAAGUAAUUCACUGUCAGCCUCCACCCACGAUUGACAAUGGAAGGCCCAGGGGCGUGAUGGCAGAACCCUUUCUAUAUGGAAAUGAAGUCUCUUAUGAAUGUGACCAAGGAUUCUCUCUUUUGGGAGAGAAAAAUGUACGAUGCCUAAGUGAUUCUGAUGUACAUGGGUCUUGGACUGAACCUCUCCCAAAGUGCUUAAAAUCUCCUCCUGUAAUUCACUGCCCUAGCCCAGAAGUCAAGCAUGGGUACCAGCUCAACCAAACUCGUUCUUCAUAUUCCCACAAUGAUACAAUAUAUGUCGCCUGCAAUCCUGGCUUCAUCAUGAACGGCAGUCACGUGAUUAAAUGUCAUACCAAUAACAAAUGGGUGCCAGGUGUACCGACUUGUAUCAAGAAGGCUUUCUUAGGAUGUCAGCCUCCACUUAAGAUACCCAAUGGAAAUCAUACUGGUGGAGAUAUAGCUCGAUUCUCUCCUGGAAUGUCAGUCCUGUACAGCUGUGACCAAGGCUACCUGCUUGUGGGAGAGGCACUCCUUCUUUGCACACAUGAGGGAACCUGGAGCCAAUCUGCCCCUUAUUGUAAAGAGGUAAACUGUAGCUCCCCAGAGUAUAUGAAUGGAAUCCAGAAGGGUCUGGAGCCUGGGAAAAUGUAUCAGUAUGGUGCAGUUGUGAAGUGUUGUGAAGAGGGAUAUACCCUGGAAGGCAGUCCCCAGAGCCAGUGUCAGGACGAUCAGGGAUGGAACCCACCCCUGGCUGUCUGCAGAUCACCAUCCUCACUUGCUCCUCUUCUUAGUGGUCUUUCUGCAGGUUCGGUACUUCUUGUAUUCUUGAUUGGUGUCACCUUAUGCACAAUAUUAAAACACAGAGAACGCAAUUAUUAUACAAAUCGAAUCCCUAAAGAAGGAGAUCUUCAUUUAGAAACACGGGAAGUAUACUCUAUUGAUCCAUACAACCCAGCAAGCUAAUCAGAAGACAAAUUGGUAUCUAAUGAAGUUGAAGUAUUUUUAUUCAUUUUUAUGUCAAAAUGUCUCCAAUUUAUAUUUACUAAUUUUCAUAGUGUUAAAUAUAUAUGGUUCUGUUCCACACAUCUUUGGUAAUCAUGCACAGAGUUUAUUAACUUAUCUACUUCAUAGUGCCAAUUAAUGUCCCUGUUUUUUUAAUUCAUUCAUCCAUUCAGCAAAUACUAAAUACCUAUCAUAAUAAUUAAGAAUAAAAUUAAAAAGAUGAUACGUGUUUUGAAGAGAAAUAAAGCAGGAGAAGGAGCUAGAGAAGUUGGGAGAGAAGCCCUCACUAAUAAAAUGGCAUUUGAGCAAAGACUAGGAUGAAGGAAGGAGUUAGCCUUACUGGUAGUGGAAGAACAUCCCAGAAAGAAAGAACAGCAGGUGCAGAGACCAUAAGGUGGUGUGCGCCUGUUGUGUUGGAGGCACAGCAAGGAGACCAGUAUGGCCUAGUAUGGACUGACCAAGGGAGAGAGGGGCAGGGAUAAAGGCAGAGAGGUAAAGGGAGGAGGAGAACAAGGUUCAUCAUAUAGAGUAUGCUAGGUCAUUAUAAUGAGCUUGGUGUGUAUUCUGAGAUGGAAACCAAAGGAUGGUUUUAGGCAGAGAGGAGAAUGAUCACCUUAACUGCUGUGUAAAGAACUGAGUGUAGGAAACCCAAGGUGGAACCUCAGGAGCCAAUGAAGACUUGAUCACAAUAAUCUAGGUAAGAAGUUGUGAGUAGCCACAAGUAGGCUGAUGAGAAGAGGUCAGUUUCUGCAUGUGUCUUUAAGGUAGUGACAGGAGGUUUGCUGACAGUCGUAAGGCAGGAAGCAGUAAUGAUGGCAGGGUUUUUUGGUCUGCUGACCGGAAGGAUGGAAUCAUGAUUAAUUAUGAUGACUGACAAUGUGAAAAGGCAAGAUUAGGGAAAAAAAAGCAGAAGUUUCACUUUGGAGAUGUUAGAAAUGAGAUAUCUAAUAGCUAUCCAAGGAGAAGUAUCAAGAAGGUAGUUGGAUGUACAAGUCUAUUUCAGAGAAUGGGUCUUAGGACAUAGAUAUGGGCUUUGUCAGCAUAUGGAUGCAUGUAAUAAUGAGAUCAAAUAAGAUGAACAAGGGGAUGAGAAGGGUUAGAGAAAAGGUCCAUGUGCCAGGCCUUGGGUCCUUCCACAUCAGAAGACAUGGAGUAUGAGAAGGAACCAACCAAGGGGUGAAGAAGCAGCCUCUGAUCUAGGGGAAGCAUCCAAGAGCAUGGUGUGGUAGAAGUCAUGUGAAGGAUGACGUUUAAGGAGGUGGGAGUGAUCAACUCUGUCAAAUGCUGCUGAUGGACCAAGAGCAGUAGUGAACGCUGACCACUGUGUUUAGCAGCUCAGGAUUUGUUGGUGAACUUGACAAGAAUGAUUCCGGUGAAUAGUAAGGAGGCAAACUCCUGAUUGAGGUCAGCUUAAGAGAGAAUGAAAGGAGAUAAAUUAGUGAUCUCAACUAUAGACUCCUCUUUCAAAGAGGUUUUCUACAAAGAGGCAUGGAAAAGGGAACAGAUGGCAAGACUAACAAGUAAGAUCAAAAGAACUAUCCAUUAAAAAUGGAGAAUUGGCAGUCAGGCCUCCAUUUCCAUACGCUGAUGAGAAUGAUCUACUAGGAAGUGAGGAAUGAUGACAGGAAGGAAAAGGAAGAAUUGCUGGAGCAACAUCUGGGUAGGCAAGAAGGGAGGGGAUCAAAUGCUCCAGCUGGAGAGGCAGAGCUUAGAUCAGAGUGUGGCCUCCCUAACAGGAGAGAAGGCAGAAGAUGCGGGCAUAGACAAAGGCAGGGGGAAGCCGUGAUGGCAAAUGCAUGUGAGGAAAGUUCUCUUCUGACCACCCUGUUUGCUCAGUGUCUAGAAAGAAAAACAGUCACCUGAAAGGAAGAUUGGGAAAGGAGAUGGUAGGGAUUUAAGGAGAAAGGAGAGGGCACUAAAGAGUCACCAUGGGGGUUGAAGACUGAAUGAUGAGGAGUAUAGAAAACAGGACUGACAACAUGAAGGGUCCCCUGAUGUCCCCAGGAGGAGUGGGGGUGAGCGUUUGGAGGUCUGCCAUGCCCAGGCAUUGUGCUGAGCCUCCCUCCUGCCUUGCGUCGGCCCUCAUUACCGCAGUGAAAGGUAUUAGCCCAAGGUGAGCAUAUAACAUCCAAGAUGAGAACCAAAGCUAACCUAUUGGCCACAGUCUCAGAAUCAGUAAUAGUCAAAGGUUUGAAUUCAAGCUCAAAUCUGUCUUCAAACUGCUUUCUCUUACAUAGUCUAUAAAGUAUAAAGAUACCACCUCUGUCCUCCUGGAACUUAUUUUGAUACAGAAAAAAAAAAAAAGACACUACAUGUCAUAGUGUAAGAAUAAUUACCACAAACAAGAUACAGAAAAACUGCUGUGGUUGCUGAGGAAGAAAAGAUCGCCUGGUGCUGGGGAGUUAUAGAAAAACAAAAGAGAACAGGGGAGACCAGGCCAGAGUGAUGUAUAAACCCAAACCACGGGGGCGUCCAAAAUAAUGCUAGUACUUAAAUACUUGUUGAAUGAAUGCAUGAGUUAGAAUGCAACUCUUGCUUCGAUUUCUCCCUCAUUUAUUAUUCUUUGUAUUUAUCAAUAUAAACUUUAUUAUUUGCUUCAGAUCAUGUUACCUGAAGAAAGGGGCCUCUUUAAAAAAAUAUAUCUUCUAAGAGGCUCAAUGCUCUAUUGGUUAUGGCGCUUAGAGUUGGUACAUAGAAAAAGUGAACGCUGUCAUUAUUUAAACUUUGAGUUACACCCCUGCCCUUCGUGCUGCCUCCUGAACAGAAACUCUCUCUUUCAGUGUGCCUUAUUGUUUAGAACAUUGGUUGGGAAGAAACCAUUUUCAUCUCAGCAAGUCUAGGCGUAUGGCCUCAGCAUCAGUGAAAUGACUUCAUAACUAUAAUUUCCCAAAUGCAGUUAUUCUCAAGCAGAAUGAAGAAAGUUCACUUGAUAGUAAAGAUGGGAGCCCAGUUUCACCACCACAUGCUCUUCAAGGACUUUCUGAAGCCUCACCCACAAUAUGCCUGACAUCAGGCUAUAGCUAUAAACCCGUAACUCCAAAAUAACACCAUUUUAAGGAAGGCGCUAGAAAGCUGUCCUCUGUCUCCACUCUUCUUAUGCAAUCAGUAUACUUACUGUUAUCACACUCUUCGGGUUGUAGUGUGGUUUUAAUCAUUUGAGCCAAGUAGAGAAUAUUUCAUGUUGUUAUGAAAUACUUUCGUUGAGAAGUCUAAUUUUAUUUUAAUCAUAGCAUCUUGCUCUCAUAUGGCUGAAUAUUUCUCUUUCAUUUCCACUUGGUUUGACAGGUUUUUUCCCCCCACAAUAUAUAUGUUGCCUUUUCCCUAAUCAGUAAUUAUAAUUUGCACAAUUUUUUCCAUUAUGAGAGUCAAGUUUUAAUUGUACAGUUUUGGUGUACAGAUGCAGGCUUUGGAGACUUCUUUGGCAGUUCUAUCAGAGCUUUGGUUCCUUUAAAAAUCUGUAUAGCAGUGACUCAAAUAAAUUUGAUCUCUUAACAAAACA